AUGCCUGGCAUUACAGUUGAAGGCGUUUCGGAUACUGGGCUUUCACCCGUAUCCUACGAUACCGACUCUCCCAACUCUAUUACCGACCUGAAUAAAACUCAUAUCCAAACUGCCAAAAGAGUCCUGGCCAUCAUAGGACGAUAUGAGUUGUCACAUAGCGGUUCAGUUACAAAGACACAAGAUGGAUCAUCCAAGUUUCUACACGAGGUUUACAACAAGGUUGCUGCUGAAGAGCCAAUCUUGAUGUGCCUUCCCGCGUUUCCUUUCAAGUCACCAAACACCAGUUCAAAGGUCCUAGGACGCUUGCCUGACAAGGCUGAGGAGUUCGCCCUAGCGCAUCUCAACGGACUUUGCAACGCUAUCGGGGAUAUCUACAGUCCCGGUGCAAAGUUGAUGAUCAUCUCGGAUGGACUGGUAUACAAUGAUCUGCUCGGAGUACCAGACAGAGAUGUCUGGGCUUAUGGCGAGGCUCUGCGACAGCUUGCCUCGAGAAAGGAGUUGAAGAACAUUGAAUUCUCUCGCCUUAAAGAUCUGGUCAACAUCAGUGUGCCUGAGAAACUUGACCAGAUCACUUACGUCUGCAACGCCACCAACUUCCGACUGGCUCUCGUGACACGUUUUGGAAACCCGGACUUUGAUUCAACACUCAAAAUCGGCGAGGAUGAAGACACAUGCAUGACAUAUAGAGGAUACAUCAAGUUCCUAAGCACCGAUCUUCAAGACGUGUAUCCAGUGGGCGAAGGACGAAGCAAGUCACAAUAUAAGAAGGGCGUUGAAUAUGUAGCGAAGCAAAUGCUGAAGAGAGGAGAUGCCUUUGCCAGAGCAGUGAGAGAAAUCUAUGGCAACAGACUCAGACUCUCCAUCCAUCCCUCGACGGGCGAGAGCAAGCUCUCCGUCGGUCUCUUGCCAACAGAUACUUCUUUCACGACACCUUGGCACUCUACGAUAGCCUUCCGCUUGGACGGUACUACAACCACCGGACACUGGGCCACGUUUGCUCAAGACGAGAACUUUGAGCUCGUCUACGAGGACGGACGUCCAAGCUACUUCAGAGAAAAGUCUGAGAUUUUCUCCUUUGCUGAGCAUCUUGGUGGCAUUACCUGUGAGCCAAUUUAUCCAGCCGGCCUGAUGAUCCGGCCCGCCGUGCCUGGGAGCUUGUCGAUCGAAGACAUCGAGACAAGCAAGGUUAGAGCCCUUGCGGAGAACAACUCUCCCGUGAUUCUUCGCGGUUUCAAGAAAACAAGAGACAGAGAUCUCUUCAUCAAUAUGUCUCACGGUCUUGGAGUUCCAACCGGAUGGAAGUUCGGUUUGGUGCUCGAGGUAAAAGACCGUGGAUCAGAGACGCGCGGUUUGAACAAUGUCCUGUCCGCUGAGUGGAUGCCGUACCACUACGAUGGGCUGUUCAAGACCGAGAAGAGAAAAGACGAGAGCGGCAAUGAGAUACUAGUUUCGACACCUCCAAAGUUCCAGUUCUUCACCUCGGUCACCACUUCACCAAAGGACACAGGCUUCACAUUAUUUUCGUCCUCGAGCAUGAUGUUCAGAUAUCUUCCUCAAAAUCUUCCGCUUGACUAUCUACGCAACCUGACGUGGUCGGUCUCAACGUCGUCUUUCGACGCUACAGUCCUCCGCGGCCUGCCUCUGGUUGUCAACCACCCAGAGACCGGCCGUCCAUGUCUUCGUUUCCACGAGCCUUGGCCACAAUCAAAGACGAGCUUCGAGGCCACCAAUGUCGAUAUCGAGAAUGCAGGUGAAGACCACAGCAGUACAGAAGUCUGCGAUGCCCUAACAGAGCUCCUACAUGAUCGGCGAGUCGCUUACUAUCACGCAUGGGAAAAGGGCGACUUGUUGGUCAGUGACAACGUUUUGGCAAUGCAUACGAGAAGUGACUUUACAGCCGGAUGCGAUCGUGAACUGUGGCGAAUCAACUUUGACUGA